GCAUUGGCAGGGGUGAGCGCGCGGGGGGAGGCGGCUUAUUGUCUGGGGCUCCGGUGGUGGCGGCGGUAGUUCCAGCGGCUGGAGCUAGGGAUAGUGGCGACGGCGGCGGAUCAAUACUGCUGUUGGGGUCAGUGCGGGGACCUCGGGCUGGGGUGAAGCAGAUCGGGCGCCGCGUCCUAGCGGAGGGAGCGACAACUACGCAACGUCGGGAGCAGCGCCGAGACCAUGGCUGGAGGCAAAGCUGGAAAAGACAGUGGGAAGGCCAAGGCUAAGGCAGUGUCUCGCUCACAAAGAGCUGGACUACAGUUCCCAGUGGGCCGUAUCCAUAGACACUUGAAGACUCGUACCACAAGCCAUGGACGAGUGGGUGCUACUGCUGCAGUAUACAGUGCUGCAAUUCUGGAGUAUCUUACUGCUGAGGUGCUGGAACUGGCAGGAAAUGCUUCUAAGGAUCUCAAAGUAAAGCGUAUCACUCCACGUCACUUACAACUUGCAAUCCGUGGUGAUGAAGAGUUGGACUCCCUUAUCAAGGCUACCAUUGCUGGGGGUGGUAUGUAUUACCUUUUUAAAGGUAGAAGUUUGGGGUGUGUAUACAUAUAUUUAUACGUAUAUAUGACUGGCCAUUAAUCUGGUUGCAUUUGAGUGACUGGUUUUAUUGCUACUGUUGUUAUUACUUCUAGAUCUGUGAUUUCACCUAUGUGGGGAAUUUCUAGAAAUUCCCUCUACCAACUUAUUUCAAUCUUGUUCCUGAGGCAUUUAAAUAUUAAGGCAUUUGCUCAUGCUCACAUAACAGUUUGUCAAGAACAGGACUUAGUCUUGCUGACUAAGAAACCUGCCCUUUAUCUACUAUGCCAUGUUGUUUCUCACAGCCUAUUAUCCAAGGCUAACUAGUCAUUGUUAAGUAAUUUUCCUUAAGUAUAUAGGUAUGACCAUGUGAUUCCCUACUGUCAACUCCAAUGGCUUUCCCUUUUCUAUAGGAUAAAAUAAAACCCCUUCUGUUGAA